AUGACACCAGACUCUACACCUACUGCAUCAGUUACUUCAAUUCCCACAACUCCACAAGACCCUAGUCCAACACCCAAUUCAUCUCCAGAACCCUCAUUACUACCAUCUUCCGUUGGAUCAAGUACUUCUUCACCUAGUGCGUGCACACCACCAUUUGUAUCAACAGAAUCGGAAUAUGCUGUCACAUUUAAUGGUGAUCUCUCAUCAGUUCCUGACAGCAACUUGACUACAGCCUUCAAGAGUGCUCAUGAGACACUGCCCCAGGACGAAUGUACACCAUGGCUCGAUAAUGUUGUGGUUCAAAGUAGAUCGGUUGGUGCUGGAAGUGGCCGAAGAUUGCAACAAGAAUCUACCACUUUGGUCAUCUUCCUGACAAACUCUACUCAUCCCACUGAUGUUGUGUUUCUUGGAACCACAGUAAGAGAAACAGCAUUUCUCGAAGCCUUCACUAUCUCCCUCGAUACUCCAGGGGUUUCUGCGGCUUCAAUUACAUUUCAAAGUCAGCAACCAUCUGUCACCCCAGGAAACCCAUCUGGUUCUCCCACAACAGUCACCCCAACAGGAACUCCAGGCAGUCCCUCUGUCUCUCCCACCACCGGCAGUCCAUCUAGUAGCACACCCACCGUAAUCCCAGGGAGUCCAUCUGUCUCUCCCACCACCGGCAGUCCAACUAGUGGUACGCCUACAGUGACUCCAGGCAGUCCCUCUGUGUCUCCCACCACGAUCAUUCCGACUAGUGGCACACCCACCGUAACCCCAGGGAAUCCAUCUGUCUCGCCCACCACCAGCAGUCCAACAAGUGGCACGCCUAACCCGACUGUUACUCCAGGAAGUCCCUCUGUUCUCGCCCACCACGAUCAUCCAACUAGUGGCACACCCACCGCAACCCCAGGGAGCCCAACUGUCUCUCCCACCACCACCAGUCCAACCAGUGGCACCCCCACUGUCACUCCAGGAGUCCGUCUGUCUCGCCCACCACGACCAUUCCAACUACUGGCACACCACGUAACACCAGGGAGCCACUGUCUCUCCCACCACCGGAGUCCAAUACAGGCACCCCCACUGUCACUCCGGGAAGUCCAUCUGUCUCUCCCACCACCAGCAGUCCAACAACAGGCACGCCGACUGUCACUCCAGGAAGUCCCUCUGUUCUCGCCCACCACGACCAUUCCAACUAGUGGCACACCCACUGUUACUCCGGGAAGUCCCUCUGUCUUGCCAACGACGAUCAUUCCAACUAGUGGCACACCCACCGUAACACCAGGGAGCCCAACUGUCUCUCCCACCACCGGCAGUCCAACAACAGGCACCCCCACUGUCACUCCGGGAAGUCCAUCUGUCUCUCCCACCACCAGCAGUCCAACAACAGGCACGCCGACUGUCACUCCAGGAAGUCCCUCUGUCUCGCCCACCACGACCAUUCCAACUAGUGGCACACCCACUGUUACUCCGGGAAGUCCCUCUGUCUCGCCCACCACAUCAUUCCAACUAGUGGCACACCCACUGUAA